AUGUUGAGCGGAUCCUCACAAUCAGUCAGUCGAAAGAGAAUUGUGUUAUGGAGUCCUCACCAAACCAAUCAAUUUGUAGUUGGUGCUUCUGAUAUGAGACUCUAUGAAUUUAGAAACAAUAAUAAUAAUAAUAUAAAUAGUAAUAGUAAUACUUUAUUGAAUAAUGUUAGUGGUAAUAGUAUCAAUAACAAGUUGUUUAAUAGCGCAAAUAGUUUAAAGAAUGGUGGAGGUGGUGGUAGUGGUGGUGGAGGAGGUAUAGGAUCAAACUUGAAUACAAGUAGUAACAAUAAUAAUAGUUAUUAUAGUCACCAACAAAUACAAAAUAAUACUGCAAAUAAUAAUAUAGCAUUUGAUAUUCAGUAUCCUCCUGAUGAUUGGAUACCAGAAGAUAGAAAAUCAAUAGAAUUAAAGAGUGUAAAUGUAGAUGUUCAAUAUCUAAAGUGUAUGACAUGGUCACCAGACGUUUCCGAUGUCAAUCUAUUGGCAUGUGGUUUGGUGAAUGGUAGAACUGUUUUGACUAGUUUCUCAUCGGUCAAUAGAAUCGUAAAAGAGUUUGUUCCAAAACAUACAAGACCAUGUAACAGUAUUGCAUGGAACCCAUUCAACCGUUCACAUAUUGCUGUUGGUUUGGAUAAAGUUCGUGGUGAUAAUUCAACUUUGGUAUGGGAUAUUAAUUAUCUUAGUAAACCAAAACAAUCCUCAACGUCAUCAUCAUCAUUUUUCCAACAACAACAACAACAAUUAAAUAAUUAUUCAUCUCAAAUUGAUGCUCCUCAUUCAAUACAACAAGUUUCAGAGAAUGGAUUUAGUACAGCACCAUUAGAACCACCAGAGACUAUUAAUCAACCGGUGUCAGAGUUUACAUUGUCAGAGGCGACUUUGGCAUUGGCUUGGAUUCCAAACAACCCAUUCUGUUUGAUCAUUGGUACGAGCAGCAAAUGGCUACGUAUCUAUGAUACUAGAGAUACAAACACUUCACAUUCUGUUGCUGCACAUGCCAAGUCGGUUUGUGGUGUUGCAAUAGAUCCGUUUGAUAACAAUCGCAUUGCCACUAUGAGCGAGGACAAUGUCGUCAAGAUUUGGGAUAUGCGUCGAUUUGACGACCCAGUAUUUUCCAUCAACACCAACUACAAAUCUGUUUCACAAAUGGAAUGGUGUCCCACCCGAUCGGGUAUUCUCGCAACCAGUGGUCGUGAAAAGAAUACCAUCAAACUUUGGGACAUUAAAUCUUCUAGUUAUCUUCCAUCAAUCAUUCCAGAUUAUACAAAAUCUCCACGUACUGAUCGUAAAUCAAAUAUUAAUGAUCAAUCUUCUCAUUCAACUUCAAAACCUUCAAAGAGUAAGAGACACACAUUUAGUAGUAUUCAUAUAUCAUCAGAAGUAAUUUCAUCAUUCUCUUGGCAUCCAACAAAUGAAUGUAGAAUGUUGACAGUUUCAUAUACAGGUAUUGUAGAGGUGAUUAGUUUGAAUGAAAGUAUACCAGUAUCAUGGUCACCACAAGGAUCAUUAUGUUUUUCAUUUGGUAAACAUUGUAUUGAAGGUCCAAACAAGGGUACCUCUUUGGAACCACCCACCAGUGUUUUGGAGCGACUCAACAAUGAUGGAAGAUAUCGUAAAGAUAUCUCUCAAUUGAUGAGAGAACGAGCUAUUCUAGGUUACUCGGCCAUUGUAGAAGAUAAUGUAAAUCUAUCGCAAUCAUUUGCAGAAAAGGAUAUCAACUUUUUAUGGAGUUGGAUUCAAAAAAUACCAAAUAAUCUUCAAUUAUUUAGAAAAAAACCAACAAAACCUGAAGAUGUAUCAAAAGAACAUGAUUAUGUUGGUAUUCAACAUAUUUUAAAUGAAAUUCAAUCUUAUUUAGUAUCAAAUUCAAUUGAAACACAAAAUGGAUUCCAAAUUUAUAAAUCUGGACAAAGAUCACUUUGUAUGUUGAUUUGUGGAUGGGGAUUUACACCAAAUCAACCUUUGGAGUUUUUAUUGGCUCGAUUGGAAAAGGGUGGUGAAUUUGAAAGAGCUACAGCAUUGGCAGUAUUCCAUCUCGAUAUUAAACGUGCCAUUUCUAUUCUAUACAAUGGAUGUUUAAUGUUGAAUUCACAGCAACAACAAGUAUCUAGUAAUUUAUUAAAAUCACAACAACAACCACCAUUCAACAAUGCCAUCUAUCUUCAACAACAACAGUUUUUCAAUUCACUCAAGGAGAGAGAAAACCAACUCAGAGUAUUGUCGAUUGCGCUGGCUGGAUUUGGUGAUGGUGGAUCGGGUGUCAGUCAGAUUUGGAGGGAUACUUGCAAGAUGACCGCACGUAGUUUUAGUAAUGCCUAUCUCAGACUGUGUCUAGAGUUCCUCUCGACCAACAUGUCAAGUGUCGAGUCUGUUAGAGAGUUGAUUGCAACGUUGAACGAGUCGGGUGUGUCACUCGUAGACAAGAUUCCAUUGGCGUGUCGUUACUUUGAGCAGUCUGACUUGUUGGCAUUUGUCGAUCGCCAGACCAACGCCUGUGUCGAGCAGGGUGACCUGAUGGGCAUCGUGUUGACGGGUCUCACACCAAAGGGUAUCGACUUGUUACAACACUAUGUCGAUCGAACAAGCGAUAUCCAGACGGCAGCACUUGCCACCAGUCUCUUGGUACCCAAGAUCUUCCGUGACAAGCGUGCCAAGAACUGGCUGCAGAUCUACAGCGACCUGUUGGACAAUUGGCAAUGCUGGCACCAACGUGCAGACCUCGACAUCCAGCUCACUAGCGAGACACCCCCCUCGCAGAUAUUUGCACGUUGCGGGUACUGCCAAAACUCAUUCUCUUUCGAGUCGGUCACGAGUGGCUCGAUGGUCGGCAGAAACGCCAAAAUCAACGCGCGUGCCAAGGUACCGUGCUGUCCGCACUGCAAGCAACAGUUGCCGCGUUGUUGUCUUUGCAUGAUCCAGAUGAACUGCAUGGUGCCAAGCAUGGACUUUAAACAAUCCAACAAACAACAAGAAUGGACAGAGGGUGCAGAAUCUUUUGACGAGUGGUUUACCUGGUGCCAAACCUGUCGCCACGGUGGUCAUGCCACCCAUCUUUCAGAUUGGUUCAAAGAUCAUAUCGAGUGUCCGGUCACUGAUUGCAAUUGUAAAUGUUCUUCAAUUUAA